UGGAAGCAUACUCAAACUCGCUUAAGUGAUAAUAAAUUUUGUGCAGCUAUUAUUAAUAAACAUGAAGUAUUUUGCAAAUGUGGACAAAAGGUUAUUCUUGAUAACGACUAUGAUGAGAAAAGGCUUAACGAACAUUCUAGAAACUCUAGAUUAAGAGAAGACUUAGAAGACUCAUCACCGCCACCACCGCUACCAUCACCGCCAUCAUUUCCAAAUAAACCAUGUCCUGGACUCCAUUCUGAACAAAUUGUUACUUAUAUUAAUCUAACACCAGCUACAUAUGGAGGUGCAUGA